CAAGUUCGCCCAUUAGAAAUAUAUUUCCCGCCAUAUUUCCAGCUACCACGUUGUUUUUGUUGACAUUUUGUGAAAGUAUACAUCCGAAAUGCCUGUUGUUGAUGAUUGGGUAAAUGAUCCACUUGGGAUCGUUCAAAAUAUAUAUGAUAAAGAUGGACAGGUGGAAGGCAAAGUGGUAAGAGACUAUUUUACAUCCAGAGCUAAAGGCAACGCGAUGUCCUGGAUUCCAAGCUUGAAUGACACCCCUCUACAUACACUUAGACCAAACUCACUGGUACGCUACAGAUGUAUGAUACAGGACAUGUACGAUCCAGAGUUUUAUUUGGGAUCAUACGAGGUCGUUGACACAAAGACUGGAAAGACCAACAUGAAAUCUGGGAAAUACAAAGAUAUUGCAGAAUGUGCAAGUUUUCAGCAGAUUAAUAUGGAGUCGGCCAACAACAAGACGAUGGAUAGACAGACACUUUAUGGUGUGCCGAUUCCUGGGGAGUCAGCCUGGGUCAAAGCAGGUUAUACUGAACGUACUGGGGUCAAAGUCCAUCCAUCCACAUCCUACACACCUGUGCGCUGUAAGAGGAGCCUGGAAGAGGAUGGGUCAGAGGUCAACAGUCAGAAUGAGGCUAUGGAAACAUCAGAGUCUGUUAAGGCUGCUACCAUGGAAACUACUGAGGAGUCUUCGAGUUCCGAAAAUAAGAGAACUUGUGUCAGUGACAGACCAGUGGAGAACAGUCCUGCGUUACCAGACCUAAACUUCCCGUUACCGGAGGAGAAAGGCGUAUCCUGUUUGAUAAAGGUUUACGAUGACAUCGACGCUUUCUGUGUCAAUGAUUUGGUGGAGUUUGUUGGUGUUUUGUCGGUGGAUCCCUCUCUGGCACAGUUUGAAGCAGAGGAUCAUGGCUCCCAGGGUAGAGUUUGUACAGACGGGUUUCAGGUAUCGGCUGAAGAAAAAAAUGCCCAUGCCCCGCCCCCUUCUCUAGUGCCACGCCUCCAUGCUGUCUUCGGGACGAAACUGACACACAUCAACCCUUUACUAGCCCCAUCGACAGCACAGGAAGACGGCUUCAAGGAAGUUUUAUCAAGAUUACAAGGGGAGAUAACUGCUUUACGACAACAAAUCAUGGCUACUCUGGAACAUAUCCUUUUCGGGGAUAAACUAGCAGCAGAAUAUUUCCUGUGUCAUCUUCUGUCAUCUGUAUAUGCUAGAGCCGAUGUGAUGCCCCUUGGUAAGUUCUGUUUGAACCUGACCUGCUGUCCUACAACGCCAGAGUACUCGGCACUGCUCCACAGAUUUCUUGCCUCCAUUGUCACAAAGAGCCACAUUCUCCCCAUCACCAUAGAGAACAUGAACAAGGUUCGAAUGUGCCCCCAGAAAGAUUACACCGCCAACCGUCUACUUAGUGGAGUUUUACAGUUAGGAGCCGAUACCUCACUCCUCCUGGACGAAACAGUCCUACAGGCCGGCCAGCUUGAUGCUAAUGGUGUUAAGAACAUGACAGCUCUUGGUAACUUGAUAAACUGGCAGAAAGUGGAGUACGACUUCAGUUACCACAGACAAGAGUUCUUGUCGGAUGUCGCAGUCCUCGUGCUGUCCGAGGCAAAAUCACUACUACCCAGUGACUGUCUUUUACCGCUGGCAGCCAGUAUACCAGCUGGUGUAAGUUUACAAGACUAUUUUUCUCGGUUGGAUAAUUUAAUGAGUGCAGACUUCGUUAACAAGUUCCGUGUGUAUCUGACGACGGCCAAGAUGUUAGACUAUAGUAUGUCUGGAGACAUACAGACGGCCAUUCAGGAUGAUUUUGUCAACAUCAGGAAGGAAGACCCAAAGAACAUGACAAUAGACGAUUUCCACAAACUUCUUAAUUUAGUCAGGUUCUUGUCAAUCAGUCACUUACAGACCUGCCCGACACAGAAUUUAUGGACACAGGCCAAAUCUAUGGAGGCUCAGCGUAAACAACGACUUCCUCAAACGUCUGCCAAUGCAAAUUAACUCAAGAAUUUACAAACAAAUGUGGUGAUCGGAUGCUGAAUGAACACAGACAAUGUCCAGUAUAAAAGUUUUCACAGAACUUGUGUAAUAUCACUGGAAUUCUGAAUAAAAUCAAAGUUUUGUUACAAAUUUUUUUUUAUUGGAAUUAUGAUGUCUAAGGUCAAAAUGUAAUCCAGAAAUAUGAUUGAGCAAGAUAUGUUGAGAAUUCAAAUUGACAAACCAUGACUUCAAAGUAAGUGAUCAUGAUAUUUCAUUGCUUAAAGAUAAAGUUCCUCCUCAAAUUUUAGACAAAUAGAUACGUGUAACUAAAUGUUGGUCACAAAUAUCAAAAAUAAAGUUCCUCCUCAAAUUUUUGACAAAAAGAUACGUGUAACUAAAUGUUGGUCACAAACAUCAAAAAUAAAGUUCCUCCUCAAAUUUUUGACAAAAAGAUACAUGUAACUAAAUGUUGGUCACAAAUAUCAAAAAUAAAGUUCCUCCUCAAAUUUUUGACAAAAAGAUACGUGUAACUAAAUGUUGGUCACAAAUAUCAAAAAUAAAGUUCCUCCUCAAAUUUUUGACAAAAAGAUAUGUGUAACUAAAUGUUAGUCACAAAUAUCAAAGAUACAGUUCCUCCUCAUAUUUUUGACAAAUAGAUACUUGUGACUAAAUGUUGGUAACAAAUAUCGUAAACGACUUUAUUGUAACAGUGCUGUGUGUAUCUUGUUGUUAUUAUGCAUACACAUGCACAUAUAUGCAGCAACAUAUUUUGUUAUUAAUUGUAAAAAAAAUUAAAAUGUUAAAUUGGAAAUACA